AUAUUAGUAAUGGUUAUGGGAAAAUUGUUGAAGCUAGUAAUCUUCCUGAUGCAAAGCUUUGGAUAAAUAAAUAUAAGAAUAAAAAUGAUUAUGGCGCAGAAGAAGCGAAAAUUUUGUUAUAUAGAAAUGAAUAUGAUAAUUUAAUGCAAGAUCUUAUCAAACGAUAUGAAAAAGAAAAAAAUAAACACAAAUAUGUACAACUUGGAUUAGCCAAAAAUCUUAUUAGAAGAAAAAUGCACAAUAAAGCUCAGCUUAUAUUAAAUAAAAUAAGAAACCAUCAAAACAAUGAUAUUUAUAGCCAAGUCAAUAGUCUUAAUUUACAGCUUAAAAAUUAUGAAUAG